AUGGCGAAUCCUGUGAAUAUUUCCCAGGAGAGAUGGAAUUCAGAGACAUAUUUAACAAUUCCUAAGGAAAAAGGCUGCCUCUGUCGACCAGUUAUUAUCGACAUCAGGAAGACAUAUUUUGGAAUUUUUCCUAAAGAGCGUGACUCGGCAUCUCGAGAUGUGGAUCUCCUAAAGAGGACUUUUAAACAGCUGGGUUUCCUGGAGCCUCACAUUAUCAGCACACUUGACCCAGAUUCUGAUAAAUAUGAUCAUCCUUUAUAUUCAGUGGAAAAUCUUAAAAGGAAGUUGGUCAGCAUAGCAAGAAGUCCAGAGUUUACCAGUGAUGCAGAAAUAUUUCUCCUUGUUGUUUUAGCUUUUGGGGAAUAUGGAUAUUUUUAUUUACCCAAUUAUCCAAUCAGCAAUUUUCAGCAGAGAGAACCAAUACCAGCCAAAUUUUCCACAACUCUCUUGAUGUCACAUUUUAAUGGAAACAACUGCCGUAAUUUGGCUCUGAAACCCAAAAUAUUUCUUGUCCAGACCUGCAAUGCUCAGCUGGCCCAGAAGGACAGGUCUUUGUUUAUGGAUGGAAUCUCCCCACCUCCUCUAGCUACAGUCCCUAUAGAGGCGGAUCUUCUACUUUAUCAUUCAGAAGUUUCAGGUGGAUAUACCAGCAAAAUGAAGAAAGAAACCAGAGAGAAUCUUGGAUCAGUCAUUGACCAGGGAGAUAGGAAUGGGGGUGGGGAUGAGAGGGAGACCCAGGCCUGUCAGUUUGUGUAUACCUUGUACAAGGAGGUAGAGGCAUUGGCUGGCCAGCAGAAGGAUUUUGAGUUGACUGAUUUAAUCCUGGGAGUGAACAGAUCCCUAAUGGAGUUCAUUGAUAAGGAACAUUACAGGUCUGAUGAAGACAACAAGCCAUGGACCAUAGAGCCAAUGAUUCCAAUCUGUGUGGACCAGCUGACCAAAAGAUUGGUGCUCAGAACAAACCUAGGCUAAUAUGUGAUCAUGAUUGGUCUUCCGAGUGUUUACACUACCUGUCAAAAUUAUGCAUUGUCCAACAACUAUUGAAUUUGAAUUUGAACAGAUUUUAUUAUGCAAGUAUAUAAUUACAUAAAUGGAUUAGGCAGCAGGCAAUGCCUAUGUAAGCCUUUUCCAUAAACUAUUGCCUGCAAACACUGUUGCUGAGAACAAACCCUGGCUUACAUGUAAUUAUCGGUCUUUUUGAGUGUUUACAAAAUCUGCCAAAAUUUCUUUGCAAAAAUUGUUACAUUACAGCAUUGCCUACAAACAAUUGGUGCUGAGAAUGAAUCUUGGCUUAGAUGUAAUCUAUGGUCUCUUCAUGGUUUACAAAACCUGCAAAUCGUACUUCAAUCAAAACUGCUUUACCAAACUAUUCCCUUACAAACAAAUACCUAAUCCUGUAAUUAUAAUCUGAAAGGAACAGAUGUUGAAUUGUAAAUGUCAAAUUUCAUUUAUUUAUAUUUUUUAUCAAAAUGCAUUAAAAUAAGAAAUAUUUGUUUCUAACCAAGUUUGUCGAUAAAUAUAUGAAAUAUAUAUUUUUAUAUUUCCUUACAUUUUUGUUGAAAAACACUAAUUAAUGUCAUAUUCAUACAAUUCAGUGAGCGAGAUUGUUUUAUCAACAAAUAUUUUUAUUUAAGAGUUUUGAAAGAAUUACCCGGUAUUAGUGAAGAAAAAACUUUUUUUUUUAUUUUUCAAAAUGUUUAUAUUGGUAACUUGUAUACAACUCUAUGCAAUUUAUUAGAAAAUGAAUUAAAUCACACAAUUUUAUCUGAUGUCAAGACUUUUUAUACAUACGUAUAUCUAGUAUAUAUCUAUAUAAUGAGAGUCUCUUAUGACCCCUUAUAAAUGGAUAUUUUGAUUUUAAUUUAUUUGCACAUGUAUUAAAUUUAUAACUCUUGAGAAAGUUUUAUUUUCAUAAAAAAUGUGUAGUCCAAGAAAGAUAAUAAACAGAAAAAAAUUUGUUCCAUCCGCAAUUUUUGUUUCUAUAAGUAAAUAAAAAUGUACAAUUUUGUCUGGUUCAGAAUGAAUUACAAAUUCUUUAACGUCAUAUAUUACCAUUAAAUGCAAACAAAUGAGACAAAUCCCAAAUCAACUCUUGUAUAAAAUAAAAAAUCAAUCCACCAUGGUCACUCAUAAAAAUAUGUUGGGAGGCAAGUUGAAUCUUGAUAUUAAUUAAUAUAGUUCUUCAUUAAUAUAUAUUUGUACAAGCCAUCCUUAUUACAUGUACUUGUAUUGGAUUUUAAUAAAUUGUUUUUAAAAAAUGCAA